CGGGCCGCCGUCCUCCUCCCAUCAUUCCCCGGGACUGCUCUGGAGGCUGUGGAACGGUUUCCUUUUUCUCUGAAUGACAGAAGAAAUGUGGCUAACCAGAAGUUAAGCGUUGUGUUGGAAGGCAUCCCUGGACCAUAACUGAUGAAAAGGUUUUAAAAUCAUCUCAACCUCUGUCUUAAUUAAAAUUUCAAAACACAAUGAGCACAGCUCCCAGGAAACGCAGAAUGAUGCCUUCUCAGCAGUCCCGAAGAGUCCGCCGCCGUCACAGAUUGGCAGAACCAGCUGAGCCACAAGCAGACAUAAUCGAGACUGGUGGUGAGGUAGUUGACCUAACCUGUGAAUCCUCUGAACCUGUGGUUGUUGAUCUCACCAACAAUGAUUCUGUUGAGAUUGUAGAUGAAGAUCUGUCUUCUCCUGUCAAUCAGCCAGGCUCAGCUGACGAACAAGCAGACAGGAUGCAGUCAGACAGUUGUAUUCUCUGCAGUGAUGAGGAAGAUGGCAGGCCAGACGGGAGCAGCAGCCCUUCGAUAACAAGUGCAGCAAGUGUAACUCAGGGAACUCCUCUUCAUCCUGCCUUGAGAUCUGACAGGUUCGUUCACCGCAGGUCUUCCUCAGGGACCAUUAGCUGUCCCAUUUGUAUGGAUGGUUACAAAGAGAUUGUCCAAAGUGGGCGGCUGAUUGUCUCGACGAAAUGUGGUCACAUCUUCUGCAGCCAGUGCAUUCGGGACUCUCUUAGAAACUCUCACACGUGCCCAACCUGCCGAAAGAAACUAAACUCACGUCAGUACCAUCCAAUUUACGUUUGACCACGGAGAGGUGGGGAGGGUGUCAUUCUGAAAUUUAUUCACCCGGCCAUGCGUUGGGCAUGUCAAAAAACCUAUGACAUUCUUCAGAUUUAUCAGUGACAAAAGGCGCUCCUUGUGGGAGACGGAAGGAUGUGUGUAACGCUGACUGAUCACUGUAUCCAUCUAAUCCAGUGGACUUGCUGUAACUUGGAAUUGGGAGGGAGGGGAUGGGUAACGGCUGCGGGUGAGAAAUAAAGCUUUCACCAGCACGUUCCAGUUGCCAGCUCAGCUCAGAUGUGUGUUUUCUACAUAUUUCUCUUUCUUUUCUGCGCUUUGCCUCUCUCACCACCAGCCCAGAUCAGAGACUGGUCACCAACUGCACAUGCAGUCAAUUAACGCGGCUCCGUCUUCAGUCUGCCCGUCCACCUUGCCGACUUACGGGAGCCCCACUCUGUCCUGCUCAGCUCCCCAAGUGGCAUCAGACAGUCCCUCCUUCCUGCCAUUGCAACUGUGGGGGGAGAUGUGAAGCAUCAGGUACAGGGUGGUGGGGAGAGAAGCUGAAGGUUACAUGAGGACCACGAGCUUUUGGUUAGACCCCUCUUACUCAGGAAAUCUUUCAAAGCCUUACAUUCACUGAUGGCUGGGUUUCAGGAGAUAUUUGUGGAGGGCUAGGAUUACUCUAUGCAUGAUUUCAGGUUCCUGAUUUUGCUUUGGGAACACAUUGCCUUUUAUUUCUCCUAAAUUAUCCCAUAGCCAAUGUCUGAAACAGCAGUAUCCUCGACCAAAGAUUCUGAUCAUCAGACCGAGUGCAGGCGGCUGCCAUCGGUCUGUGCAAUGACAGGUAUUGGGAAAAUUCAGCUAAUGCUGGAACCAAAUUAAUAUUCACAUCUUGAAAUUCAGAUAUCUCUGAAAAAUAAAGAUGAGAUUAGUUUUAAACAAAGAUGUUACUGGAAGUGUUUUGAGUAAUUGGAGGAAGUUUAUUUUCAUUGUCUGUAAACUUUUGUGCAGUGAUGUUUUAUGAAUGUGAAAAUUAGACCAUUAUGUCCUCUUGUUAUGUAAUGUUUUGUCAAGUAGAAUGUUUUCUUUUUGCCACAUUCUGAGGGCUAAAAUAAUGAAUAAAAUAAUAGUCCCUCGUA